AAUGUCUCAGCCUUCAAAGCAAUCAAAAUCAACCCCCAAAAGAAAAAAAUCUAUCAAACAACAAAUAUAUAAAUGGCGGUCUUAUCUAAACAGGUCGCAGUACCAAAAUUCGGUUUCUCUCCAAUCCCGGUUAUAGAUAUGUCUGACCCAGAAUCCAAACAUGCCCUCGUCAAAGCCUGCGAAGAUUUCGGCUUCUUCAAGGUGAUCAACCAUGGCAUUUCCGCAGAGCUAGUAUCUGUUUUAGAACACGAGACCGUGGAGUUCUUCUCGUUGCCCAAGUCAGAGAAAACCCUAGUCGCAGGUUAUCCCUUUGGAUACGGGAACAGUAAGAUUGGUCGGAACGGUGACGUGGGUUGGGUUGAGUACUUGUUGAUGAAUGCCAGUCUUGAUUCCGGUUCGGGCCCACUAUUUCCGAGUCUUCUGAAAAGCCCGGGAACUUUCAGAAACGCAUUGGAAGAGUACACAACAUCAGUGAGAAAAAUGACAUGCGAUGUUUUGGAGAUGAUCACAGAUGGGCUAGGGAUCAACCCGAGGAACACACUUAGCAAGCUUGUGUCUGACCAAAACACUGAUUCGAUAUUGAGACUUAAUCACUAUCCACCAUGUCCUCUUAUCAAUAAGAAGACCAAUUGUGGUAAGAAUGUGAUUGGUUUUGGCGAACACACAGAUCCUCAAAUCAUCUCUGUCUUGAGAUCUAACAACACUUCUGGUCUCCAAAUUAAUCUAACUGAUGGCUCUUGGGUCUCUGUCCCUCCCGAUCACUCUUCCUUCUUCUUCAACGUUGGUGACUCUCUUCAGGUGAUGACAAAUGGGAGGUUCAAGAGCGUGAGGCAUAGGGUUUUAGCGAACGGUGACAAAUCUAGGGUUUCUAUGAUUUACUUCGCUGGACCUUCGUUGACUCAGAGAAUCGCUCCGUUGACUUGUCUUAUGGACAACGAAGACGAGAUGUUGUACGAAGAGUUCACUUGGUCUGAGUACAGAAACUCUGCCUACAACUCUAGAUUGUCUGAUAAUAGGCUUCAACAAUUCGAGAGAAAGACUACAAAUAGUAAUACAUUGUUAAAUGAUUAAAUCAUUUUUGUUCAUGAUAUAUAUAUAAAUUUAACUGUGUGCUAUUUGCCUAUGUAUAAAUAAUAUAUGUAUGUUUGAAGUUAAAUGUUGAUCCAAUAAUUGAAGAAACUGCAAUAGUUGUC